AUGGUCGGACCACAGGGCUGCGUGGUUGGCGUAGAGCAUAUUCCUGAAUUGGCUGAAUCAUCGGUUAAGAAUAUCGAAAAGAGCGAAGCAGCCACAUUAUUGAGAGAAGGACUGCUCUCAAUCCAUGAUGUUGAUGGCCGGCAAGGGUGGCCGGAGUCCUCGCCUUACGAAGCCAUUCAUGUUGCAGCAGCUACGCCGGAGAUCCCUCCGGCACUCAUCGACCAAUUGAAAUCAGGUGGCAGAUUAGUGAUUCUGAUUGGGAAAAGCUCUCAGGACUUGAAAGUGGUGGACAAAAAUGCGGAUGGCACAAUCAGCGUAAGGACCGGGUUUUCUGUUCGUUAUGUCCCUCUCACGAUCCGCGAAGCUCAGUUGCGAGGAAAGUGA